UACUUUUCCCCGCACCUUUCCCCUUUAAAACCACCAUAACACAAAAAAUCAAAUCAUCAUCUCAUAACAACAUGGCUGCUAAAACAUUUGCACAUCUUUUCCUUCUACUUUCAUCAUUGCUUUCAGUUGGGACAUUGAGGAUAGUUCAUGGUGAUAAAACAUGGUGUGUGGCAAAGCCGUCAUCGACUGAUACCAUGCUAUUAAAUAACAUUCAGUAUGCAUGCUCACAAGUGGAUUGCAAGAUCCUGCAGAAGGGUGGUGCAUGCUAUUCGCCAGAUAGCUUGAUUAAUCAUGCAUCCAUAGCCAUGAAUAUUUACUAUCAGUGCAAAGGAAGAAACACAUGGAAUUGUAAUUUUGGUAGCACUGGUUUAAUUACUAUCACCGAUCCAAGUUAUGGAGGUUGCCAGUAUAUGUAAUGAUCGGCAUGAAGAAGAUGAUGAUUUUUAGCAAUUAUGACCAUAGUUAUUAUUUGUUACUUAAAUAGAGUUUUUUGAUGCAAUAUACUUAAUUAGUCAAAUUUGAGACAAAAUGACGUGUUUAGAUCAAUAUUUUCUUGUCAAG